GUCGUUGACCAAUCAUCUACUCCCACUCAAUAAUUAAUGUUUUUUUUUUUUGUAUAAAGUUCGUGCUUAACUUCCCUUCCACUCCCUUUCUGUACAAAUUACUGCACUUAAAUAAUUUGACAUUUGAUUCCAUAAGAACCAGUAAUAAACGUGGAAAUUGAUAACUAGGAGUUUUUAGCAUCAGCACCCUUUCAUCAUCAAGAAUCUGCCUGCCAGCGUAUAUAUACGUUCUUGGUGGUGGAAGAGAGUAGAUUAAUUGGCUCAAAUUCUAGUAUUAUUUUUGGAUAGCUUCAGUUCUUGGGUUUUUCUAAAAUGGGAGCGUGUGGAUCGAAACCUAAAGGGUGUGUGAGAAUUAGUGGCCGGAAAUUUGUUAAUCGGAAGAAAGGGAAAGUGAGCAGAAGGAGAAGUGUGUCAAAGAACCAUUCGGCUUCUCAAAAUCUCAGUAAGAUCGAACCUUCUUCUUCUGCGGAUCGUUCUUUCUCUAAUCCUGCAUUUCAAGGAAAUGCAGAGUCUUGGUUCGACCCGGAGAUGGUGAUUGAAUCUGAUUGUGAGGAUGAUUUUCAUAGCGUUCAAGAUGUCUUUUCGCAAAGUGGAUCUUUUUCAAAUGGGGUUUCUCCAAGGUUUUCUGAUUUUGUGUAUCACAACGGCAAUGCUACUUCUGACCUCCCAGAAAGUCAAGAACCAAAUGUUGUCAAAGAGGGUGCUGCAAAAAGAAACUCUUCAGCAGAAGUUAAGUCCAACAAUCCACAAAAUGAGAUGGAUGACCUAAAUGAUAAAACGCCCCGAAGUGUGGAUCAAGGUGGUGCUAGGGUUGAAACAGGAAUUUUCCACAAUUGUGGAAGGCAAAAUCCGUGUCUGCCUUGUCUUGCUCGUGUUGCCUCUUCGGAUGAAAAGAAAAAGUCUCUAAACCCAAGCUCACCACGCUUCCGGAAAAAGUCAUCCCUAACCCAGAUGUUAUCAUUUAAAUGGAGAGAAACAAAUUCAAGUUCUGCAUUAUUGUCACCAAAGACUGUUCUGCAAAGACCAAUAGCUGGUUCUCAAAUUCCUUGCAGCCCGUUGGGGAGGAAAAUGACCAACUGCUGGUCAUCCAUUGAGCCAAAUACUUUCAAAGUCCGCGGUAAAAACUUUUUCAGGGAUAAGAAGAAAGAGCUUGCUCCAAACUGUGCUGCGUUUUAUCCUUUUGGCGCUGAUGUAUUCUUAUCACCACGUAAAAUUGAUCAUAUUGCACGUUUUGUGGAACUUCCAUCCAUUGAUUCAUCCAGUGAAGUUCCACCCAUUCUUGUUGUGAAUCUUCAGAUACCGUUGUACCCUACUGCAAUCUUCCAAAGUGAAUAUGAUGGAGAAGGGAUGAGUUUUGUUCUCUACUUCAAACUUUCAGAAAAUUACUCAAAAGAAAUGCCAAUCCAGUUUCAAGAAAAUCUCCAGAGAUUAAUACAUGAUGAAAUAGAGAAGAUUAAAGGUUUUCCCAGGGAUACAAAUGCACCCUUCAGGGAAAGAUUGAAAUUCUUGGGUCGACUUGUAAACACAGAGGAUCUUCCAGUAAGUGCGGCUGAGAAGAAACUCUUGAAUGCAUACAACGAAAAGCCUGUGCUCUCACGUCCUCAGCAUGAAUUUUAUUUGGGAGAAAACUAUUUUGAGAUAGAUUUGGACAUUCACAGAUUCAAUUAUCUCGCAAGAAAAGGAGUGGAAUCAUUUAAAGACAGAUUGAAAAACUGUGUCCUUGACUUCGGUCUGACAAUUCAGGGAAACAAGGCAGAAGAUUUGCCGGAAAAUAUGUUGUGUUGUGUUAGAAUGAAUGAGAUUGACUAUGCCAAGUAUCACAGACUUGGCUUGUAAACCAUGGCAGAAACAUCUGA